AGUGUUCACCACGUGCGGCCGUGUUUCGCCGGCGCAUGUGUGGCUCCGCUGAGCGCGCGGCACGUGCCGGAGUGUGCUGGCCGCGGCGGCCCGUGCUCCGCCGGCCGGCAGCGUCCAGGACCGGCCGGCACCCGUCCGCCGCCGGUCCCAGCUCCCUGCGAGCAGACGAGGUGCUGCGCUGGGCGAUCCAGGAGAGGUGCUGAGGCUGAGCCAUGUGACGGCCAUGCGGACGGCCGGCCUGCUGGUGCUGGUGGUGGCGGCCGCCGCUGGCCUCGCGCGCGACCAGCUGGUGGAGACCAGCGUGGGCCCCCUGCGCGGCCUACUCUCGCCGGUGGUCGACGUCCGCCUGCCGCGCGUUAUGCAGUUCCUGGGCGUGCCGUACGCCUCGCCGCCGGUCGACUACCUCCGCUUCAUGCCGCCCAAGACGCCGAUCCGCAAGUCGGAGGUGCUGAACGCCACUCGCCUGCCGGCCGGGUGUCCGCAGCGCGAGCCGGCGGCCGGCAGCCGCCGCCAGGCAGGGCCGGCGCCGCCGCAGAGCGAGGACUGCCUCUACCUCAAUAUCUACGCGCCGGUGACCGAAGACGCCCAGCGGCACCGGUACCACCAGCGUCACAAGCUGCCCGUGCUGGUCUACAUCCACGGCGAGUCGGCCGGCGACCAGGCGCGCCGCCUCGACGGCACCGUGCUGGCCAGCUUCGGCGGCGUCAUCGUCGUCACCGUCAACUACCGGCUCGGGGUGCUCGGUUUUCUGAAGCCCACCGUCACCAGCGGUUCGACAUUCGCCAAUUUCGCUCUGUACGACCAGCGUGCGGCGCUGUCGUGGCUGCAGGACAACAUCGAACAGUUCGGCGGCGACCCGACGAACGUGACGGUCAUGGGUCACGGCACGGGCGCCGUCUGCUCCAGCCUGCUGGCCGUGUCACCGCUCAACUCCAACCCAGACGUGUUAUUCCAGCGGGUGAUCCUGAUGUCCGGCUCGUCACUCAGCCCGUGGGCGAUGACAGCCGACCCCAUCAACGUCACGGUCUCGGUGGCCAGGGCGCUCAACUGCUCCAUGCAGAGCGACCACCAGCUGCUCGAGUGUCUCCGCUCCAAACCCGUCCGGCAGCUGGUCAAUGUCGACUUUCCGUGGCCGCGUUACGCGCCCAGCCUGAGCCCGUCCGAGGACCACAUCGUGGUGCCGCGCUGGCCGCGGGAUGCCGCUGACCUGGCCCACAGUCUCAGCCGCUUCGAGCUGCUGUUCGGGGUGACCACUCAGGGAGACCUGGGACUGUUGAGUGAGCGCCAGCUGCGCACUGGUCUCAGUCGAGAGGAGCGCGACCGGCUCAUCAGCUCCUUGUUCAGAGCUGGCUACCGGCGCUACACGCGGCAGCUACUGGAUAUGGCUACCAAUCGCUACAUGGACGCCCAGAUGAACGUCAUCCGCUACCGCGACAAGACGCUGCAGCUGCUCAGCGAUGCCAUGGUGGUGGCGCCGCUGGUUCGGCUGGCCGACCUGCACGCCCAGUCCACCAGCCGGUCCUACAUGUAUGUCUUCAGCCACGUGACAGACGCCGGAGGCGACCGUCAGUUUGGCAGCGUGCCCGGCGAUGAACUACCCUACGUGUUCGGUGUCCCGCUGGCGCCGCAGUCCAACUUGUUCUUCACCCGGGCCGAGAAGGCGCUCUCCGAGUACAUGAUGACCGCCUGGAGCAGCUUCGUCAAAACGGGGGACCCCAAUGGAGCCAGGAAGCAGGAGGGCUUCAUUUCGGAGCCGAGCGGCGACUCGCCGUUCUACGAUCUGAUCUGGCGGCAAUACGACAAACUCAACCAGCGCUAUCUGGAGCUGGGGACACGGCCGCGAGAGAGCUCCCAGUACCGGCACGUCGAACUGGACUUUUGGAACCGGGUCGUGCUGGGCCACCUAGCCUCCUCACCGGGCGCGUUCGAGGGCCCGAUGCCGGAGGACUAUGACAACCUGAUGCCGAUGGUGCCUCCGCCGGCGCCGGGCGGGCCUCUGCUGCCACCGCCGCCGCUGGCACCGAGCACACCGCCGCCGCGCCAGUACCCGCACACGCUGUCACCUCCGCCGGCGGCCGCUCCGGGCGACAGCCGACACGGCGGCUCCGGCGGCGACGUGCAGGAGACGGCGCCGACCGCCGCCACCGGCAUGCUCAGCAUAGUGAUCGUCGUAGGGGUGUGUUUUGUACUGUUGAACUUGUUGAUCUUGGGUGGUGUGUAUUAUCAGAAGCAGCGUCUCAAAGUGCGCGAACGGCGCCUGCAGCGUCAGAGCAGUCUCUCGGAGGCCGGCUCACGGUCGGUCAGUGUGCGCGGCAGCCGGGAGAGUGUGCUCCGACCGAGACUGCUGGCGCGCUCGGCCAGUGGGGACGACCUGCUCGAGAUGCCCGUAGAGGGUAACGGGGGUGUUCCCAGCGCGCGUCGGGCCAGCGAGGGGAGUGUGUCCACGCGCCGGGCGGCGGAGGGUGGUGCCAGGGAGCCGCCCGAGGCCGGCUGGAGGAACGGUGAGCGCGCCGAUCGGGCCCCCGCGCCGCUGGCCAAGGAGCGCUCCCUGGACCGCGGGACAGUGCGCGAUAGGGAGCAGCCCUCCAAGGCCGCCGUCAGCCGCAACAGCAGCAGAAGCAGCACGCUCGGCAGGGAGCGGCCCGCCGCGUCAGCCGGCUCCAGGAGCGGCAGUGUGCGCUCGAGGAACAGUGUCGCUUCAGCCAGCCUGCCGCGCUCAGGGUCCGGAAGUCUCCACGGUUCAUCGCAUCAACUGCGACCCUCAUCUGCGAAGCAGAAUAGCAAAUCCGCCAACAAAGUUCAAACCAAGAAAAAGGGCAUCACCUUGCCGGAGAAGUCGUUGGCCCAGGGGCUGCUGCAGCGCGUGAUGCCGAGGACACCGACUGAGGCGUCUGGCCCGACCACACCGUCCGACCGACCUCCGCGCGGCAUUCUCAAGACGCGUCCCGCCGCCGGUCCGGCCAGCGACUCGAGCGGCAUCUACAGCGAGACGGUGCCGGCGCUGCGCGGCUCGGUGUCCGGCCUGUCGACGGGCAGCGGGUGUCGCGUCGUGUACAGGACCGAUUCCACGUGCCAGGUGGACCUGCCGGACGACCCGGAGGAGGCGGACCGCUCGGCCGCCGGCCGCGAGCCCGACUCGGCGUCCGUGGGCAGCGCGCGCUCCCUGCAACUGAGCUGCAGCUCCUCCGUCGGCGGCCGCAGCUCGUCCAGUCUCCACUUUGUCCCCCGGCCGGCCGCGCUGGCUCCGGAGCCGCGCGUCGAGCCGGCAGAGUUCCCCACGGUGCGCUUCGAGACGGACCCGGUGGAAGACCGCGACGACGUGCCGACGGCGCUGCGGUCGACGCGGCGGCCCGAGACGGCAGGCUACCGGCGCAGCAUCGCCGGCGUGCCGGGCACCGGCGGCGGACAGCCGGUCGAGGCGGCGCGCAGCAUGUCGCUGCAGCGCACCGACCGGAGGACCCGCCAGAAGCCGCCGCCGCCGCCGCGUACCUGUUCACGGCCGGAGGGCCUGUACGCGGCGCGGGACGUCACCUGUCCUCACGGCUACCCGGUGCACCCGCCGCCGCCCGGCACCGACUCGCUGGAACGGUUUGUGCCCGGUCAGGCCGAGUCGCCGGACCCGGCCGGCGCCGCCCGUGUCAGACCCGAGGAGCGGCAGUCGGCGCGACACGGCACGCAGUUCUGAGGACCUAGAACGGCGGGCUGGUGGUCCUCAGCGGGCUAACCGUCCAGCAAACCUCUCGUGUAUGAAGUGAGGUUGUAGGGAGCCGGACCGCAAUAAUCGGGAGACUAGUGUGGGUUGUCUAAAGCUGCCUUUUUGAACGAGCGUUCGCGCGCGGCUGGAGAGGUCGGGCUGGGACCGAGGGAGGGCUACAGUGUGAAUCCUUUUAUAUCUAGUUGCUGCAGACCAUGAGAUGUGUCGAAGCCUACUGUACCGUCGGUCUGAAUAUCGUUCAACAGAACGACUGCUUUAAUCAUGUGGUGAGCCAAGUGGUGUCUUGUUGCGCCGCCUUAGAUGACUUUUGUUGUUCCGUCGGCUUGCCACACCCGGUUUCAACUGGUGACCGACAAAAAGCCGUUAGACCUAAACCGAGCCAGGCCUGGGUCCACGGCCCGAAUUUUCAUCUUCUCGAUAGCUACAAAAUGAGUUCAAUUUGCUGGCAUGCCUCAUUUGAAUUCGAGCAGCCCACGCGGGUGCUGCGAGGGCCCACGGAGCCAGUGUCGGUCACGUUCAGGCCCGGUUCAGGUCGCUCGGUAACUACUUACAUCGCGUCCGUCGUAAGCCGUCCGCCCGACGAGCACGAGACCACCUGAUCAAAUGCAUCCUCAAUCAACCUGUAUUUGUAUUAGUCUCCACGAAGGAAACUAGAACAGAUGAUGACAGGGUAGCGGGGCCGAUCAGUUAUUACGGCACCUGGCAAUGCAAAGCUCUCUCAAGGGUCGUUGCCCGUUGGGGACAUGAGCUUGCAAGAUCCGAGCCUCACUAUCUUUCAAGCACACCUCUGAUGCCUCUGAUGCCAGGAAUCGUAGCAUUGAUGGCGAGUCUGUCAAACUAUUUGACAAACUUCGGCCGCAAAGUUCCCCUAGCAGCGGUGAAACAGACGUUUUUUUUUUCGUGUGUGCGCCACAUGUGCGCAUUGGACUCUGCUGUGAUGACUGAAGCCGUACAAACGCGCCGAUCCAUAAUGGGACCUGGAUGCUGUAUGAACGUCAGCGUCUAGCUAAAUCCAUUUGACCUAUAUGUGCGCGAACGCAGCUGAGCCUACGGCGUAUGGGCGGGGGGGGGGGGGGGGUGGAGAUGGGGAGGGGCCAGAAUGAUAGACGGAAUUGGUUCCUUUAAUGUAUUAGUGACAAUCGUAAGAUGUGGCAAUGCAUGAUAACCCAUUUGCAACAAGAGUUGGCGGUGACUUUCCACUCAAUUCAGAAUAAUCCCGCUGGUCCAACCCACAAUGAUAGUAACAGGACAUGGAUAAACGAUAUGCGCGCUCCAUUAGAAAACCAGGUGGGGUGGUAUGUACAGCUCUCGCGAGAUUAAGCGGAAGGUUUUGCACUUUUACAAUUCCGGUUAUAUCUCAGAAACUAAUCGAUCUACGAUGAAGCCAUUUUACACGAUCAUGGGGCCGGCUUGUGAACCAACAAGUCGAUCGCAUCUUCAACACUUAAAGCUUAAGACGACGAAGAUAUAGCCUGAAAUACACUAAAUUUUAUAGGUGCAAAACCUACCGCUAAAACCCGCGAGAUCUGUACAUUAUACAGCCCUCGUCUCCCUGCGCGGUAGGUAUUAUUUUAUCGACAAAACCGACAGUAGCUCAAAGGCUUCGUUACCAGUCGAUCGGAAACCAAAACGAUCUAUGUAGAAGAUACACCUCCGAUUGGCUUAUCAUGAACCACAUUAUUUGCCCAGUGCGGCAACUGGCAACCAAAAGCGAAUAUCUAUUUUGGGUGAAAUACAAACUUUUGUCAAUUGCCGCCACGCCGGAUGAAAAACCUGGAUAAUAACGAUUCCAAUCUUUAGUAUGGAGACUAAGGCGUUAUGAUUUGCUAGUGACUGAUGACGUAGCUUUCAACUGAUACUCGAUUUUGUCGAAAAAAAGAAUACCCCUCACGUGGUGAGAUGAGCCCUGUACAGUAUACAUUGAACAUGGCACAUUGUGCAUACAUAUCACACACAAGGCAUAAAACACGUACUGUGAUGUGAUAUUCCAUCCACAUUAACAACAAACAUACAGCGUAACCAACUCAGAAAGUCCCUGAAAAGGCCUCAUUAGUUAACCACCGUCAGAGCACCUUAAUAUAAAUAGUAUAUGAUCAGUGCUCAUUUCAUCUAGAUUGGAUUAGCAACAACAACAACAAAACAUAUAAGUCACCAUCAACAGUCAUAUUGACUUGUCCAUAAGUUAAGAGAUGGAAUCAUUAAUAUGCUCACAUAAAACGUACAAAUCAUCCGUAAACUACAUAGUUAUAAAAACCUCGUGGUCUGAAGCUGGAAGCUGGUUCUUUGACAGCGAGAGGGAUUGUCGUUUUGCAGUUGUGCGAAUACUGGCGCUUUGAAGCUUCACGAGAGACUAGUCAUGGAGUCUAGAUAAGUCGUCCUUGUACGGAAGACUGGCCGUUUAACUGUUCGGGAGACUAAUGGCGUCUAGAUAAGUAGUCCUUGUACGGAAGACUGGCAGUUUUGCUGUUCGGGAGACUAAUGGCGUCUACUGUUAACGCCAGACCCCUUGAGACCCUAAUUUUUCGCGAUUAUUUUUAAAUGCGUGGAGGAAUUUCAACCAAGCUCAGGACAUGGCCGUUUCAAGACAGGCCGAAACUUUUACAAUUUAGAUAUUUUAUCGCCAUUUCAAUAUUUCAGGCACUUGUAAUUGACUCGUAAUGUUAACUGUUUUUCCAUCCUGGAUAGAGGCUUUCUACGUCAUAUGACAUUAGGCUCCGCCCACGACUGCGGCAUUGACCCGUGCCCAUCAGCGACCUCUGUACAAACGACACCCCUGCCAUCUGUGAAGGACUAUGAAUUUCGCUGACGCUUCACGUGCUAUGAGUCAAUUGCAGCAGACGGUCAAGUAAAUGUUAGGCUCUUGUUGACUCUUGUAUAUAGGACCAAGAGGACCAUCACUCCUCAACCUACUACUCAGUCGUGCUUCGAACAAACGUUAACGAUUCCUAACAAAUACGAUUUUCGAUGUAGGGUAUCUGUUUGAAAUACGAGCGAGCCGUAUGAUGUGAAGCUCAGGCAAUUAACUUAUUAUUGCGUUGUUCGAUGGUUGCAUAGCGAUGUACAAAUACUUGGUGACAUCCACCAUCCCAUUAUCGCAUUAUCUGCAACGCCAUAGGCUUUAAAUACAGAUGAAU